AUGAAAGACCAAUUCGCCGACGCAUACCUUUCAUCUUUUCGUAAGAAAGAUCAAGAGGGUAUCAAUUCGGCUUUAGCACGAGGAGCUACUCUUUUAAAUUUGUUCGAAAAUUCACCUGAUGACCCUUUAUUAAAAAAACCAUACCUCGAUUUAUUUAGUGUUUACAAAAAUGAGGAUAUUUGGGGGGCAAAACCUCGGCAAGUUGGUAAGGAUCCUCAUGAGGAUUCUUUAUAUAUAAUGCCUCUUCCUGAAGAAAAAAGGAGAAAAAAUGGGCAACUUUCAAUUUGUAAAGGGGGUAUUGAAGCUUUUAAAAGAAAUUGGAAAUUGUUUACUGAAGGCAGUCUUGAUGGUUUAGAUUGGAAUAAUACCAUUGUUUCAGGAGGAUCAGUUCUUGCUUGCCUUCUUCCACUUCCUGCCAGAGAUCAAAAUAAUCUUUAUAAAAUUAGGAAGAAUUAUACCGAAGUUUUUGCUAGUUCUGAUAUAGAUAUUCAUUUUUAUGGAAUUGAUGAAGAAACUGCAAAGAAAAAAAUGCUUCAUAUAUAUGAAACUGUUUGUCGUAAUGUGCCUUUUAAAGUUAUUUGCGUUCGUGGAAAAAAUUGUGUGAAUAUAGUUAGCAAAUAUCCUUAUCGACAUAUUCAGAUUGUGUUAAAAAUUUACAGAACUCCUGCUGAACUUUUUGCAAAUGUUGACAUUGCUUCUACAUGCGUUGCUUAUGAUGGCAAGGAUGUAUGGGUUAAUUCAAGAGGUCAUCAAGCAUUGAUAACUCAAUGCAAUUUGAUCGAAAUACAACAAAGUAGCCACUCGUAUGAAACUCGUCUCGCUAAAUAUGCAGAAAGGGGAUUCGAACGUCCAUAUCAUAGGCUUAAAGGGCUUGCACGAUUAAUUGUUCUCGAAAAAUUGCCUACUCCUGAUGAACGAAUCUAUUAUAUUGAAAAUAGAGGCACACAGUUUGUGCGCCCAAAUUUACAAUCUACUUAUCAAACGCGUCAAUUUGCAAGGACAUCCAACCUUAAAAUUAGUAAAUUUGAAAAUAAUGAUUAUGAAAUAGUUAGCCUUCCGUAUGGUCCAAAUUAUGAUGCAGACGAUAUUCGAGAAUUGGUUUAUAAGAAGGAUAUGAAAUUAAAUUCUACAAGAAAACUCACUUUAGGAAGUCCAUAUUUACACCGUCAUCCAUGCUUUUUUGGCAGCAUGUAUCAAAUUUUUCGAGAUUGUUGUGGUUCAUGUCCCCAGCCACAAACUCCGGAUGAAAUUAAGUUACAAGAAGAAAAUAAUCGGUAUUACAUUAGUGGUGAAUUAAAAUUCUUCGAUAAUUUUGAUCCAAUAAUGAGUCCUAAUUCCCAUAAAUCUCAAGAUGAAUGGGUUGCCGAUGCUUACAUAACGGAACCACGAGAAAAUUUAUGUAUUGCAGCGGCUAAAGGUGAUGCUUUAUGGAUUCGAAAAAUUAUUCAAGAAAAUAAAGAAAAUGAAAAAGAACUUGACUUAGAUGCUAGAGAUCAUUUUGGUAGAACUCCACUUCAAUUGGCAGUGAUUGGGGGACAUCUCGCAGCAGUGCAAGAAUUAAUAGAAAGUGGUGCGAAAAUUACAAUCAAAAUGAUUGAUGGACUCAGUCCAAUCCAUUUAGCUGCAAAAUCAAGAAAUUUAGAUAUUCUUGAAGAACUUUUAAAAAAGAAUGCUCAAAAUGAAAAACUCACAGUGCAAAAUGAAAUUAUUAAAGAGUCUUUGUCAUGGAAUAAUUCUUUUUCUUCACUCGAAUAUGCAAUUCUAUUUGGUCACAUUGACGUUGUAAAACGUUUAAUUGAAGUUGGAGCUAAUGUUCGUCGACGUAUAAUGGUUAAGACUAUAAACAAGGAUUACUACCGUGCAAAUGUUCUUAAAAUUUACUAUCCAUUAAGUUUAUGCCUUUUGGUUAGGGACACACAGAUUGGUCUUGAAAUUGCAUCAAUUUUGAUAGAGAAUGGAGCAAAUUCAUCACAACUCGAUCAUGAUUAUAAUACUAUACUACAUUUAGCUGUGCAAAUUGGAAAAUUGGAACUUGUAAAAUUGCUUUUGGAUAUAGAUCCAAAAGCGAAUAAAAUACUUAAUUUUCUUAAUAAGCAACGACAGUCUCCAGUAACAAUUGCUGUAAAAAAUGGAAAUCAAAAAAUUUUAGAACUGUUAUUGAAAUAUGGUGCUCAUGCAUCUAUAACUUUGGAGGAUUUUGAUGAACAUAUCAAAUAUCAAAAUAGCAUUAGAGACCGCCGGAGUGCACUGAUUGAACGUAGCGAAUAUGAUAAUAUAGAACAACCAAUAGCAUUAUCUCUUGAAAAUGGUCUUUGGCGUUUAUUGAUUGAAGCCGGUGUUCACAUAAAUACUUUGUGUGAUCAAUCAAAAACUCUAUUAGAUCAAGUGAUUGAGCACAUUAAUAAUAAUAUUAAUGAUUUACCAAAAUUUAUGAUUUCUGAUGCCAUUGAAAGGCAAUUUAAUAUUGCACAUAUCAAAUCAAUAAUUUCUUCUGAACUUGAGAAACAUCCCAUCGAUUCAUAUAUUGGAUUUUUACUUUCAAGGGUAGAUGAAUCACAAUUGAAUAAUACUAUUUUCAAAUUAACAUCUUUGGAUCCAAUUUGUCAUGAAAUUGAUGAAAAAAAAUCGACAAAUCAGAAGUUGAUGGAACAAUUACGACAACUUGAUAAAUCUUUCACAGAUUUGUACGAACGUGGCGCACAAUUAAAAUUUGAAUUUGAAGAAGAUCAACACACUAUUUUACGCAAACUGGAAGAAUUAAAAAUAAAAGAAGAGUUACUCGCUAAGAAACAAAAGCAUUUAGAAUUGAUAAAUACACAUGAAUUACAAACAACAAAAGAAAUUGAUAAACAGACUAUGAAGUCUAUACUUGAAUCACAGAUUGAGAUAUUGAAACAAAUUAUUGAGCAUCAAAAUCAAUUCUUUACACGAAUACCAUCAUGUCAACAAAUAUUUAAUAUUUUGAAAAAAACAAAAGAUAUAGUAAAAGAUACAAGGAACCCAACUUCUAAUGAUAUCUAUAAAAAUAUUGUUUCUUUUCAAUAUCUGAAUAAAUCUUUCGUACCGAAAACCGUUCAUGAAAAAUAUACAACUCUCUUUCAGGCUGUAUGGGAUAAUAAUGCUGAGCUUGUUGAACGUAUGAGCGCAGAACUUAUUAUUGCUGUUCAAGAUAAAAAUGGCAUGACUCCAUUUAUGUUGGCAUGUUAUAAAGGAUAUGAAAAUAUGGCUAUUCAAAUUUUAAAAAUAGCAGAACGACAAUAUCGACCUAAGGACUCAAGUGACCAAGAACCUAAAGUGAACAAAUCAUUUGUUAAUAAUUAUGAAUUAGACGCUGUAGUCGACGAAAUACAAGAUGCGAAAGUAUCAGUUCACACUGUCACUACUGCUUUUGACAUGUUGCAACACGCAGGUUAUAGAUUAUCAGAAAAAUAUGAACUUGUAUCUAUAAAUUGGAAAAAACGAGCUGGCCUGGGAGGAUUUAACGGACUUGCACUGGCUGUAUUCAUGAAUCAUGUCAGAGUCAUCAAAGAAGUACUGACGUGGGCUGAACAUUAUAAAAAAGUAAAAGAUGAUAAAGACGUUAUGAUAGAUGAUAAAGACGACGUGACAGAUAUAGUUAUGCGAUUAAUAAGAAAUACAAAAACAUAUGCACCUUUGCUUGGGCAGAACAAUAAUCUCAUGCAAUGCGCUAUUUUCAUCGAUAAUGUUGAUGUAGUUGAUUUGCUGAUAGAGUAUGGAGCUGGUGGAAACUCAUUUGGAAUGUUUAAUAUCGAUAGAGAUGAUGAAAUUGAAGCUGCUAUAAAGAAACUUGAGCCAACGACUUAUAUUGGACUUGAUGUUAAUGGCAGAAAGAAGAAAUCAUGGAUUUCUCGGCAUGAUCCUUAUAUUCUUAAACAAGCAGUCGAUCCGUCUUUUCUUCACAUGGCAGCUUAUUAUGGUUCUACCAAAAGCAUCGAAUAUUUCUUAAGCACAAGGCCAAUUGAUGCACUAAAAAAGUUUUCUUCAUUGUAUUGUAAAAAUUCUAAUAUUCGAAAUCUAUUCUUUAACGACGAGGAAGUUCUUAAAAUUGGGCGAGUCUUAUUUUGGUUUUAUUUACCCAAGGCAGAUACACCGUUCCAUUGGGCUGUUAAAAUGAACAAAUCAGUAUCAAUUAAAAAAUUGGCGAAUACAUAUAACAGAGUUAGAAAAGAUGAUGAUGAAACUCUUGAAAAAAUAGUUAAUCAAAAAAGUUUUAAUAGUGCAAUGACACCAUUUCUUCUUGCAGUUUGUGAGGAUAAUAUUGAAUGCUUAGAAGCAUUGUUAGAAGUUGGAGCUGAUCCUUCUAUUCCCGAUGCGUACGAAUGGACCGCAUUACAUCAUGCUGCAUAUCAAGGCAAUUUAAAAAUGUUACGAUUCCUUUUUGACAAGUUGGAUCAUAAUAUCACACAAAAAAUGCUUGAAACACAAAGCGUCAUGUACAGGCAUACACCAAUUUCAAUUGCUAUUCUUGAAGGACGAAAAGAUACAUUUCAUUUAUUACUUGAAAGAACAACAAAUACUUCUAUUGUUGACUUUGCACACAACAGCUAUUUACAUCUUUCUGUUAAGGAAAGUUCCCUUGAAAUUACAAAAACCUUACUGGCAUUGGAAGAUCAAGAUGAAAAAGCAGAAAUCAACAAAGAAAGAUCAGGAGCUCUGAAUAAUCUUUGCCGUGAGAACAGUUCAGGACACAUUCCUGUUGACAUUGCUGUGAAUCAAUUUUUGAAAGAAAUUCAUGAUGAAGAUAUUUUUUCUAACGAAAAUUCCAUGAAGCCAAGAAAAGAAAGAUUUGUUUCAUAUAGAGCAUUGACCAUGUACAUCCAGCAGAGUGCAUCGAGGCAAUUUUUUUAUGAUUAUUCAAAACAAGAAAAAGCAGAACAAUUCCAACCAUUUGAAGUCUUUGAUCUUUUGCAAAAAACAAAUAAAAGUACAAAUUCCCAAAGAGAUCUCAUUCCAUUUAAAGAUGCCAAAGACAUGAUUUAUGAAUGCGUAAAUUUAUGGAGUAAUGGAGGAAGUGAGUUUGUUGAAAAAGAAAAAUAUGAAAUUCCCAAGAUCGAUAUCAAUAUUUGUAAAUUUAGUGAUUAG